AGAUGAGCCUUCCCGGAUUAGCAGCAAACAAACACAACGUUCUCUCUCGGUAAUCUCAACUCUCCUUUAUUCUCCUUUUUGCUUGUAUAAAUCUCUCAGAUCCGACUUCUCCUCUGUUCUUCGUAGAACUCCGCUGGCUUCUCCAUUGACUGUUCUUCAGUUUUCGAUUUCUGCGUUGUGGUUUCUGUUCUGGGAAUUGUUCCAGCCAUUGUCGUCGACGAAGAAGCGGAUUGGUGAUCUGUGGUUGAUUUGAAGAGGAAUCCGAGAAUCGCGAGAUGAGUUAUUAUAAUCAGGGACAGCCUCCGAUUGGAGUUCCUCCGCCUCAAGGUUAUCCGCCGGAAGGUUAUCCGAAGGAUGCUUAUCCGCCGCAAGGCUAUCCGCCGGCCGGAUACCCGCCGCAGGGCUAUCCUCCUCCCGGCGCGUACCCGCAGCAGGGAUAUCCUCCGCCUUACGCUCCUCAGUACGGCCAGCCUCCUCCUCAACAGCAAAGUAGCGGCCCUGGUUGCUUGGAAGGCUGUUUGGCUGCGCUGUGCUGUUGCUGCUUGCUUGACGCCUGCUUCUGAAGAAAAUCAUUCGCAAUGUGCUGUUGUUCAAAUUUAAGAGCUACGUCUCAGAAAAUCUCCCUAAAGGAAAAGAAAAACAGAAACAAUUGAAUUGAUGAUUUGGGCGUUGAUUGUGAAGUUUAAUUUCUUGCGUUUAUUAUCAAUAUUAGUCUAGUGUUUGUUCUUCAUCUCCUCCUCCGUCCUCCUCUCCAUUUUCUCUUUUUUCUUACAUAAAAUAACACCAUUAUCGCUCU